AUGGGUCGGAGGUGGUUCUCCGCUAGCUCACGGCAGUGCGCCUUCUGCGUGGAAGAGAGCUUCUUUCGCCUAGGAGACGCGGCGGUCGUGUUGUGUUCGCCGUACUCGAAGAUCAUUACGUGCUCGAACUCCAGCUUCUACACAAACUGUGCAGGCCAUCAUCCGGCUUUUGUCGAUGUCGAAGGACUUGAAGGUCUCGACUACCGCAUCGGCUUCUCUGCGUCGACGUCCAGAGCUCUCUCAACCCAUGAGAACGGCUUCGGCAUGUUUCUUAGGAUGGCCGAGAAUCGGGAGAACGCCAGUGGUGUGCUACGCAAACGAAUAGCGAGUGCUGGUUGGGUAGCGUCAACCUGA